AUGUCAUCUUCCAGUUCGGAUAGCUUUACCGUCAAGGUGAUGACCUUCAACAUCCAGCAACUGUACGACAUGGGCCCCAAGACUUGGUGGGAUCAAGCCAAUCGAGCCGCUCGUAUUCCUCAAGCAAUCGAAAAGAUGUGUACUGACGACGAAUCGCAGUAUCCCGACGUGUUGAUCUUGAACGAAUGUUUUAAUAGCUAUGCGGCCACCAUUGCGCAACAACUGCAAUCCCUCUUUCCCUACCAAACGCCGAUUAUUGGAAAAUCUGACACCCACAAUUGGAAGACCACAUCCGGCGAUUUUCGCAACAAAUAUCACAUGAUCAAUGGCGGUGUCAUGAUCCUGAGUCGACACAAAAUCCUAGAACAGCAUCAGUACAUUUACCAAACGACACAUGCCAACACGUGGGAUGCCUGGGCCAACAAGGGGAUUUGUUAUGCCAAAAUUGCCGUUGCUGGCAACCACAGUGUACACGUGUUGGGCACUCAUCUUCAAGCCGACGAAGGACACGUCCCUCACGCCGAUACGCAUCAAGUCCGCAUGGCGCAAUUGAAAGAAAUGCGAGACUACGUGACACAAGAACUAUCCUUGCCGACUACAGAACGCGUCAUUCUCGGAGGCGACUUGAAUGUCGAAUUGACCACCGAAGAGUUUCGUCACGACUUGGAACGCACACUCCAGACAACCGUGCACUGCGACAAUCCGCCUCCCAUUGGAUCCUUUUCGACAUCCCAUAACAUGAUGACCAAAGCCAAUGCGCGCGCCAAUGCCCAGUCGGAAGAACGCAAUGAAGUUUUGGAUUAUUUGUUGAUCCCCUCUGAAUAUGCGCAACCUCUGGGGGACAGUGCCAAAUUUGAUGUGGUGCCGCUCAAAGCAGCCGAGUCGUGGUAUUGGAGUUAUCUGGACAAACACUGGCCGGAGAAACAGGGGAUGCACAAUGAUCUUUCGGAUCAUUAUCCCGUCAUGGCAACCUUUCGGUUCUCCACCGCGUAA